UUUCCACAUCUCUGCAACUUCAACUAUUGCAACUACAGCUUCAUGGCGGACCUGACCGAGGCAUCCUCCUCUGCCUCUUUAUCUGGUUCUUCUAAUUUCGAAGUGUUUCUCAACUUCAGGGGUGAAGACACUCGCAAUAACUUCACUGGUUUCCUUCACAAAGCUCUGAAGAACAGAGGAAUAAAUGUCUUUUUCGAUAGUGAAAAAUUAUGGACCGGAGAAGCUAUUGGCCCAGCCCUCCUUAGAGCAAUCGAGGGGUCCAAAAUCUCAAUCCCUAUCUUCUCCAAAGGCUACGCCUCUAGCAAAUGGUGCCUCCUUGAACUUUCUAAGAUUCUUCAUUGCCACAAAUCCAAUGGUCAAAUGGUCCUGCCCAUAUUCUUUGAUGUUGAGCCCUCGCAUGUUCGGAAUCAAACUGGAAGUUUUGAGGGACCCUUUCGGAAGCAUAAGAAGAAUUUUAAGCCCGAUGUCAUUGAGAGUUGGAGGGAAGCUUUGAGAGAGGUAGGGAAUCUAAAGGGAUGGGUUCUCAAGGAAGGCGUUAAUGGGGAUCAAGCAGAGCUAGUUGAAUUAGUUGUCAAAAGGGUUCUCAAUGAUUUGAUCAGUACCACCCACUUGGCAGAAUGUAAAUACAACAUUGGAAUAGAUUCCCACGUAAAUGAAUUAUUAUUUUAUUAA